CUCCCUUCUCCUCUUGACCAAAGUUAUGCAAGGGAGAACUGAUACCCAGGCUCUCAUCACACCUUAUAAUUCUCAAGUCAGUUUGCCCCACUCGUCACCAUUUACAUCAUCGGCUUUCUUCGAUAUGGCUAUAACUCAUGAUGAUCUUUCCCUCCGGCGUCACAAGUUCAGUAACAUCAACAGCAAGUUAGCUCACUCCCUCGUAGUUUUCUCCGUUGUAUGUGGCCUCUUCAGCUUCAUUCUCUGCCUCACCGCGGAGGCCGCCAGGUCCGAGGUAUCAUGGAUGAUCAUAAACAGACCAAGCAACGAAAAAUCGGAUAUGUGCAUUUACAGCGGGAGCGGGAAAACUGCACUCUUGUGCGCUGUUGUUGCGUUGUUGCUCCUUGCAGUUGCUAUGUUUACAGAGCACGCAAACAUGCUGGUCGUCGUCACCAGCACCCAACAGCCUGCUAUUGUCCCUUGGACAUCAUCACAGAAUCCACGAGUGUCGCACUCAUCCAAAGCUUUCACGUUACAAGCCUGCAUUUUAAUCAUCACUACAUGGAUAUGCUUUGCAAUUGCGGAGGUUCUUCUGUUAGUCGGAAUUGUUGUUGAAUCAAGUCACCUGAGAAACUGGACACAGCCGAGAUCAAGCUGUCCUGCUGUUCGGCCGGGGAUGUUUGCAGCAGCAGGAGUCUUCGGGUUGGUUACUAUUUUCCUCGGAGUUGGACUUUAUCUAACUGCGCUAUUAGCACAAAAGCUGGAUCAGCAGGACGAAAACAUCGAUCCCUCUGAAUACAUGCCUCACCAAGGCUAUCCGCACAGCAUUCCCGCUGCUCCUCAACUUCCAUUCUCUGCUGAAAACCAGCUGCAUGACAAGGCCUCAACUUCUGCUGUGUAAUUCAAGAACACUGCAACCUUGUUUACAACAUUCAGUUCACAAUAACAAUCUUGUAACAGAUAUGUUUUCAUUACAACCAUUUCAUGAAUCCAUCCAAAACAGUGUAGCCAUGUUUUUCACAAAAGAAUACAAUUUAUUCUUCUUCUUC